CGAGGUGAGCGAAGCGUGCGUAUUUUGGCGCCACAGAAACUCGACGUAGCCUACCUGUUGAGUAGCCUAUAUGCACAUGCGUUCAACAACUCGGCGUCUCUCUCUCUCUCUCUUUUACUCUCUCUCUCUCUCUCUCUCUCUCUCUUUUACUCUCUCUCUCUUUCUCUCUCUCUCGCUGAACCUCCAGUCCUGCAAGAGUUAAACGGUUUUCCUUCUCCCCCAAUGUACGGAGCGUCUACUGGAGGUUGCGGCGGCAGCGGUAGCGGCAGCGGUAGCGGCAGCGGCAGCGGACGCGGCAGCCGCGUACAGCAGCGCAACCAAACCCGGCCAACUUCACAACAAAGCUGCCACCAGGCUACUACACCACCAACCAGCCAUGUCGGAGCGAAGGAGGAUCUCUGGAUAUGGAUUUGACAGCGCGCAGUCUUGCUCCUACUGAGCGCGAGUGUGUGUGUGUCUGUGUGUGUGUGUAGGCUAUGUGUGUGUGCGUGUGAGAGGGAGAGAGGGCUGCUUUUUGGGGGGUUUUGUUUGGCUGUGUGGAUAUAUCGCCUCCAUGGACGGGCAACGGGGCUUUUACGAGAUGGAGAACCCGACGGAGAACCCCAGCAAGGCGGCGGAAUAUCUAAAGGAGCUGAAUAAAAUCAUCAAGACCCAGCAGGGGCUCCUGGAGAAGCAGAGGGUCCGGAUCGAAGAGCUGGAGCUCCAGGUGACGGAGCUGUGCAAGGAAAACGUCUGUCUGAAAGAUCAGCACCUCCGGCACCUGGCCACCUGCAGACUCCAGCAGGGGAACCACUCCGCCCUGCUGGGAGCCAUCAAGGAGAACGUCACGCAGGAAAAAUCUGAAAGCGAAAGUUCGAGAAGUGUCAGGCGACACGCCUCAUUGCCCGUAGAAGUCUCAGAGAUCCCUCUAAACCUUAUUGCCCCUCCAUGUAGAAGAAGUUACCCCUGUCGCAAAUGGAAGUCUGCAUCUUUUGGACCAGACACAGAGGUUUCCAGCUCCGCCAUGACUCACAGACGCCACCAUCACUUUGUGGAAGGUGAUGCUCCAGGCAGCGAGGUGGGCACCUCUGUGGACCCCAGCAGCGGCUACAGUUGCAUCCCAGUGACCCGCAGCGGCGGGCUCGGCCCCGACCACCUGGACAGCCAGCUCUACGGACACAUCUUGCUGCCCGGCCACCUGCGUCCCCGCCGACCCAAGCUCCAGCACUCCCAGUCCAUCCUCCGCAAGCAGGCCGAGGAAGAGGCCAUCAAGCGCUCGCGCUCGCUCUCCGAGAGCUAUGAGCUCUCAUCGGACCUACAGGACAAGCAGGUGGAGAUGCUAGAGCGUAAAUAUGGUGGGCGGUUCAUAACCCGGCAUGCAGCCCGCACCAUCCAGACAGCCUUCCGCCAGUACCAGAUGAACAAGAACUUUGAGCGUCUUAGAAGUUCUAUGUCUGAGAACCGUAUGUCUAGACGGAUCGUCCUAUCAAAUAUGAGAAUGCAGUUUUCCUUUGAAGGACCUGAAAAAGUCCACAGCUCCUACUUCGAGGGAAAGCAGGUCUCGCUAACAGAUGACGGCACCAAGAUCGGUGCGCUGGUGCAGUCAGAGCACGGGGGGGAGAUAGUGCAGGCCAAGACCCCUACGACACAGAGCGACUUCACAGACGCUAUCACAGAACUAGAAGACGCCUUCUCAAGGCAGGUCAAAUCUCUAGCCGAGUCCAUAGACGACGCUCUGAACUGUCGCAGCCUGCACGGUGACGACAGCCAGUCGGAGCCGGGGAGAGGCCACCAGGAUGUGGACAGAGAGGUCAGCUGCCAGGUGAAACCCUCGCACCCCGCUUCAGAACACCGCAAACUGGAUGAGAUGACGGCGUCUUACAGCGACGUCACCCUUUACAUCGACGAAGAGGAACUGUCGCCGCCGCUGCCCCUGUCUCAGUCUGUGGACCGACCUUCCAGCACAGAAUCCGACUUGCGUCAGCGUUCCCUCAACUCUUCCCAGGACUACUGGUCACUGGCUCAUAAGGAUGAGAAAGGGGACACGGACACCAGCUGCCGCAGUACACCAUCUCUGGAGUGCCAAGAGCAGCGCUUGCGGGUAGACCACCUACCCUUACUGACCAUCGAGCCUCCGAGCGACAGCUCGGUGGAGCUGAGCGACCGUUCUGACCACAGUUCUUUGAAGAGGCAGAACGCCUACGACCGUAGCCUCACAAAGCAGCAGAGCAGCCCCAAAAACAUCAGCCACAGCCUGCCGCCGCGAGGGCCUUCGAGAGAAGAGGACGCCACCCGCCAUCGGCCACGGCAACUGGAGGCCCAUUUGGCCAUCAACGGCACCGCGAACCGGCAGAGCAAGUCCGAGUCGGAUUUCUCCGACGGCGACAACGACAGCAUCAACAGCACGUCCAACUCCAAUGACACCAUCAACUGCAGUUCCGAGUCCUCGUCCAGGGACAGCCUGAGGGAGCAGACGCUCAGCAAGCAGACGUACCACAAAGAGACUCGCAACAGCUGGGACUCACCUGCGUUCAGUAACGACAUCAUCCGCAAGAGGCACUACCGCAUUGGCCUAAACCUCUUCAACAAGAAACCAGAAAAAGGCAUCCAGUAUCUGAUAGAGCGAAACUUUGUUCCAGACACUCCGGUGGGUGUGGCCCACUUCCUGCUCCAGAGGAAAGGCUUGAGUAGGCAGAUGAUUGGCGAGUUCCUGGGUAACAGGCAGAAACAGUUCAACCGAGAUGUCCUUGACUGUGUGGUGGAUGAAAUGGACUUCUCGAGUAUGGAGCUGGACGAAGCGCUGAGGAAAUUCCAGGCACACAUCAGAGUGCAGGGAGAAGCGCAGAAGGUUGAGCGGCUGAUAGAGGCCUACAGCCAACGCUACUGCAUCUGCAACCCCGGUGUGGUGCGACAGUUCAGGAACCCCGACACCAUCUUCAUCCUGGCCUUUGCCAUCAUCCUCCUCAACACAGACAUGUACAGCCCCAACGUCAAACCCGAACGGAAGAUGAAGCUGGAGGACUUUGUCAAGAACCUUCGAGGAGUGGAUGAUGGGGAAGACAUCCCCCGAGAGAUGCUGGUAGGCAUAUAUGAGCGGAUUCGCAAGCGAGAGCUCAAGACUAAUGAAGACCACGUGUCCCAGGUUCAGAAAGUGGAAAAACUCAUUGUUGGAAAAAAGCCGAUUGGCUCGUUACACCAUGGUCUGGGCUGUGUACUAUCCUUACCCCACCGGAGACUGGUCUGUUAUUGCAGACUUUUUGAAGUGCCCGACCCCAACAAACCACAAAAGUUGGGGCUGCACCAAAGGGAGAUCUUCCUGUUCAAUGACCUGCUAGUGGUUACUAAAAUUUUCCAAAAGAAGAAGAACUCUGUGACGUACAGCUUUCGGCAGUCCUUCUCACUUUAUGGCAUGCAAGUGCUGCUUUUUGAGAAUCAGUAUUAUCCCAAUGGAGUCCGUCUGACCUCAGCCAUUCCCGGAGCUGACAUCAAAGUCCUCAUCAACUUCAACGCACCCAAUCCUCAGGACCGCAAGAAGUUCACUGACGAUUUGCGAGAAUCGAUUGCGGAAGUCCAAGAGAUGGAGAAGUACAGAAUAGAAUCUGAGCUGGAGAAGCAGAAGGGGGUGGUGAGGCCCAGCAUGUCCCAGAGUUCAGGGAUGAAGAAGGACACGGGCAACGGCAACCUGAGCCGAGGGAGCCUCGAUGACAGCUACGCCGUCGGCGAAGGUUUGAAGAGGAGCGCCCUCAGCAGCUCCUUACGUGACCUCUCGGAUGCAGGCAAGCGUGGGAGACGCAGCAGUGCAGGAUCACUAGACAGCAAUAUUGAAGGGUCCAUCAUUAGCAGUCCCCACAUGCGGCGGAGACCCCCCUCCAGCCGAGACUGCCCGUCCCGCCACAGCGGCCAGUCCCUGCCCAACUCCUCUUCGCUGCUGGGAUCUCUGUUCGGCACCAGGCGGGUGAAGUCCCCCAGCCCCACACCGCAGACCCUGCACCCCACCCUCAUCUCCCACACCCCCCACCCUGCCAACCUGCACCACACGGCCCGGUCGGAGACAGACGCGUCGGCCUCCAUGCACCACCCCCAGUUCUGCCACUUGACCCAGAACCCUCCGCCUUACCACCACCACCACCACUACCACCCGCCGGCACACUUGCAGCACCCUCCGCACCAGUACCACCCGCCCCCUUCUCACGGCCCGCAGCCGGCCUACCCGUCUCACCCUCACACGCAGCACGGCCACGGGAGCCACUCGGCGCACUCCGCUCACCCCGCGCACGCCGCGCAUCACCACGGCCCGCCGCCAGCACCCUCCCAGGCCCCCAGCAGCACCAAGCCCAAGCACAGCGGCAUCAGUACGGUGGUCUGAACGUGCACUGGGGGUGGGGGGGGGGGCUUUCUGAGCUCUCUGACUGAACUUUGAUUUUACUCCGUGGCUCUCGGCUGAAGAGACGGUCGCACUGCCCAAUGGUCGGUCUCGGGAUGGGAAGCCAGACGAGAUCCCGUUGCGUCCCUUGUCAAUUUUUUUUUAUUUUUUUUUACGUUCAUCACAGGGGGGCAGUUUAUUCCAUAGAAACACAUUUCCUUUCAUGUCUGCUUGCUUCAAGAGCAAGACACAACAACGCCAGAGCAUGCACAAAGACCACAACUACUGUUUCUCUCCUUAGUACAUUAAAGGAUCAAAUAUCUUACUUACUAGUAUUUACAGAAGAAGUCAAUAGUAAUCUUGACUUUAAUGUCUACAAAGUGAUUUUAUCUAGCGUGAGGGUGGUUUGACAGACAGACAGACAGGCAGACAGACCGACACACACACACACAGACACACACAAACAGACAGACAGACACACAGGUAGGCAGGCAGACCGACA